AUGAAAGACGACACAACACCGACGUUGGAGAGCCAAGAGACCGAUCUAACACCGCUGACGCGUGAGAAAUCGGCAAUGUCACACGUACUGCAGGGACUCUCGACGCGUCCACCACUCAGCAGUCAAGACACAUGGAUAGCGAACACUGCAUCGGAAACACUAGAUGUUGAUGGCGCAACGAAAUUGAGUUCCCAAACUGAUGAGCAGGCGGGAGACUCGCGAAGUCGAAGCACAACAGUUAUACCCUCUGACGACAGCGGCUCAGAAACGCAGCUGGCCGGAAAGCCAGGGAACCGGAGAAAGAGUAUUCAAGUCGUGCUAGAGCAAUCAGGCAAAAAGGGCGAGUACACGUUCACGGCCAAGGAUCCAGUCUUCCAAGAGGUUCUGCAAUCAGGGCUGCGGCGAGAGGCCGAGAAGUUCAACGGCAAGACCAAGGGCAAACCACGGGAUCUUGUCUUCACACAACAAUUUACCACGUUCGAUCGUCAGAAUGCGUCCGCUGCGCACUCUCCAUUCCAUGGAUUCUUCACGUUGUUCUGGAUUGCGAUGGCUCUGCUACUUGCACGAAUAGCAGCAGGGAACUAUAGGACCAAAGGCUCUGUAUUUGGGGAUGCAGAGAUUCUGCACUUGAUGAUUGAUAAAGACUUGUUCGUCAUGUUGACAACAGAUGUCGCAAUGUGCAUGGCGACCAGCUUCGGCUUCUUCCUGCAUAAGGCCAUUGCCAAGGACUAUUUGACAUGGAACGGCUCAGGCUGGCUCAUACAGUCCCUAUGGCAAACCUUCUUCACAUGUACCAUCAUUUGGGUUACAUUCUGGCGAGAUUGGCCUUGGACUCACACUGUCUUCAUUGUUCUACACGUCUUCGUGUUGCUGAUGAAGCAGCACGCCUACUCUUUCUACAACGGCUACUUAUCGCAGGUGUAUAGACGACGUAACAUAUUACGUGAAAAGCUACGUCAACUCGACGAUAUCAAAGCGCAGGAGUGCCCAACUUAUACGGCUCCUCUAUCCGAGGCGUUGACUGCCUCUGGUAUCGAUAACCCCAACCAAGGCGAGGUGGCACGGCGAAGGAGUAUCGGGCCAAAAUACUCAACAAAUCUCUCGAAAGAAGAGUCGGAGAUCUCUUCUAUUGGCCAAGCUAUCGAAGCUGGAAAUCCGCUCGAUUCGGAACAAAUUGAAGCAUUUCGACGUGUUCUCAACACCGAGAUUACGAUCCUCGACGAAGAACUUCGCGGAAAGUGUACAACGACAGACAACGUCUACCCAAAGAACUUGACGUUUUACAACUUCGCAGAGUGGACCUGCCUUCCCACCCUUGUCUACGAUCUAGAAUACCCACGCCAGGAGCGCAUCAAUUGGUGGUACGUCGCGGAAAAGUCAGCAGCCACCUUAGGAGUCAUUUGGAUCAUGAUCGUCAUCUCGCAAGCAUACAUCUACCCCGUAGUCGCAGAGACCGUGCGACACAGAGAGGCCGGCAUGUCACUCGAUGAGCGCUGGAAAGAAUUUCCAUGGGUUGUUCGCUCAACAGUAUCCGACAUGCUCUUUCCCCUUCUCAUCGAACAGCUACUCAGCUGGUACGUGAUAUGGGAAUGUCUGCUCAAUGUGUUGGCAGAAGUCACAAGGUUCGCCGACCGAGGUUUCUACGGCGCAUGGUGGAACUCCGUAUCCUUCGAUCAGUAUGCUCGCGAUUGGAAUCGACCCGUCCACAACUUCCUGCUUCGACAUGUUUACCACUCGUCGAUUUCUUUCUUCCAUCUGUCCAAGAUGCAAGCGACGUUCUUUACUUUCCUACUUAGCGCCAUCGUUCAUGAAGUUCUCAUGUUCUGUUUAUUCAAAAAGGUUAGAGGAUAUCUGUUUACAUUCCAGCUGACACAGCUACCACUGGCGGCAUUCAGCAAGACGAAGUUCAUGAAGGGACGAGAUACGUUGGGGAAUAUUGUAUUUUGGUUUGGUCUUUUCAUCGGACCCAGUGUUAUCACUAGCUUGUACCUUAUCGUUUAG